CACGUACAAUGGCUAGAACAUGUGUUGACACCACACAAAGCCAAAUAUCCUCAGCUAUAAGUUGAUCUGUGUGAGGCUUAAGAUACACAGAUCUACUUUAAAGACAUGUCGCCGUACGUGCUUCUCUCCCUUGUCGUGACGGCCCUGCUUGUCACAGAUACCAACUCGGCUGACCCGUGCUACAACGCUCAGCUGGGUCUGUCAACAAGGUUCUGUCAGUACUGUGGGGUGGGAGCGCUAGACUCCUUCUGCAUCAAGCGAUACAACAAGUGCGUGCCCAACUACGCAUACACAGGAUACAAUGCCGUACCUGACUACCCUCCACCUCACGGAUACCGAUUUUCUGGAUCUGCCACCGCACCACCCGCCUCCUGCACCAAACUUAUAGCCGUCAGCAAUCUGAUAGCCAACCGUGCUGGACUUACAGGUACCACCCCAGUCUACCUGCAGACCAACUUCUGGGAUCUGCGUCUGCCAAUGGUAUACUUUAACCAAGCCCUAAUAAAUUACCUGAACAUAGUCCAGCCCUUGACUCACUGUUUAGCAAACGAUGCGCCAUUCCCCAACUUCUAUUGGAACUACAGGGAUCCAAGAAACGUAUAUUCUGGCUUGAGGUACGACAGCUUCUAUUUCGUUGAUGACAACGGCAACUACACCUGGAGCUACCAGUGCUACUGCGAUUUCUGCAACUCCUGCCAGUCCUGCACCAACGGUUAACUUGACGACAACUCGAUGACCAUCCGAUGACCGUUCGAUGACCGCUGCCAAUGAACAUCUUAACUCUUUGAAUACCUUAGAAUGGUCUAUGCCUUUUGAAUACACGAAUUUGAAAAACAAAAAUAAAACUUUUAAUUGAA